CGCGUCCCAGGCGCAAGCGCAAUACUCACGCGCUGAUGCUGCACGAGGCAGACCGGACCCACUGGGGAACACGGCAUCCUCUUCUUCAGAUCCGGAGUGCAGACCGGAUUGGAGUCCAUCUUCCUCCCGUUCCUGGGACCCGCAGGCACCGGCAGCGUACCCCUGCGGUCCUUGUUGCGAAUCUUCGGGGUGCUCACGCACCGCAG